AUGGCGACACGAUCGGAGACGAGCGCUGGCUUCCAGCUGAACGUUAUUGCAAGGAACAAGCAAUUUCGGAAAACGACCACGUGCGAGAGGAGCCAUCGUCCGCCGUCGUCGACGCUUCGUGCAUUCGUGCUCCACAGCUUCGUGGUGCUCGUCGUGACCGUGCUGCUCCUCACCACCAUGCUCACCAUGAACAUGGCGCGCAUCGAGCAAGCCAUCGGAUUUCCAGCCUCCAACAAGACACGUCGAGGAUUGCUGAGCCACACGUCCGAGCGAUUGUUGUUCUGCGACGCCAAGCAAUGUGAAUACGAAGCGCGAUUCCUGAACGCGAGCGUGGACUGGUCGCUGAAUCCAUGCGACGAUUUCUACAAGUACGCCUGCUCCCGCUGGAAAGGCCGCCACCACGUGCCAAACUACAGCGACGAGCGGUCCCUGUUCACCGUGCUGAGGCGGUCUCUCGACAUGGACGUGCUCAGCAUACUAAACGCGACUCUGCUCCCAGAAGAGCUACAGACGCCCAACCAGAAGGCUGCAGCUUUGCUGGCAGGCUGCAUUGAUAGGCGCCGACUGAACCGUCUAGGCUUGGCCCCGUUCGUUCGCUUGCUAGAUCGGCACGGCCUCUCCGGAUGGCCGCACUCGAACCCGAGGCCUCCCGAACCGGCGCUGCUUGUGGGUGAGCUUACUCGGCGACUGCGGCUGCAGACGUUCUUUUCGACCACCGUGUCCGUGCAUCCCAAGGACGUCUCCCGGCGUAUGAUCCACGUAGCUUUCAUGGAGAUAGCGAGCAAGCGUAUGGGCAUGUCAUGCCACCCUGCGGCGUCCGCGUUGGACGAGCCGCAAACGCUGUUAUCAAAGGGGAUGCUGCUGGAGAUGAACGUGCUGGAGAAAUACCGCCUGCUCGUGACCAAGAUGAUGCGCGUGUUUCCCGACAGCGACGAGAACAUACCGAACAACGUCCUGCAGAUGGAGAUACAACUUGUCAUGGCAACUGAUCUCUCUUGGAAGCGGAAACACAAGCACGCCGUCAGAGUUAUCCUGGGCAGCUUGCCGAAGUCCCACAAGUGGAAUUGGGCGAUCUUUAUGAAGACCAUCGCUGGAGAUCUGCUGGACGUGAGCAACGACACGCAAGUGGUCUCGCGAAGUCCAGAGUUCUUCUCUCGCUUAGCGAGCAUACUGAACAACGCUUCGAGGAAGGCCAUCACAGACUACGUGGCGUGGCGCCUCCUGGUGCACAUGGCGCCUUUCCUGCCGGACGCCUUCCGCCCCCUGGUGGGGCUGUCCAGGAACGCUGACGAAGAGGACCGGAGCGCCGCCAGUGCGUUCGCGACGCCCCCCAGGUGGCGUACCUGCUACGACCGCGUGGCCGACCUGAUGCAGUACGCCGUGGCCGCCGCCUACGCGCAGCGGUUCCUCGUCGGGAAGGCCAGCGCGCUGCGCAAGGACGUGAAAAAGAAGUACGCCCUGUUCAGUGAGCGCGUCCUCGAAGUGGUACGGAAGUCGCAGUGGAUCCAUCCCAAGUCGAGCCACGUCAUACAGCAGAGGCUCCUGUCUGUGACGCCCUACUUUCUCUACCCCUCAUUCGUGGAGAAUGACUUUGCCAUCUCCGCAUUUUAUCACGUGGUUCCCGAUGUGCGGAUAGGCGCUGUCCUUGAGAGCUACUACUACGCCCGAUCAGCGCUGAACGACCACUACUGGCAAUGGCUCGUUGAGGACUGGAUUGGCCCAGAGUGGGAGGUGCCGUUCCUGAGGCCUCAGGUCUUCUUCAACGAGGAGUUCAAUACUCUAGCCGUCCCCUUCGGAAUACUCCAGAGUCCACUCUACUACACCAACAUGCUACCGCCAGUCGAUGCAGCCCGGUUUGGCUUCCAGCUGGUCAGAGAGCUGACACGAGCUUUCUUUGCCAGUGGGCCUUUCUUCAAAGAACGCAAGAACGUGAAGAAGCCGUGGGACCGACUGACGCAGGAGGAGUUCAAGAGCCGUUACAACUGCUUCCUACACCAGUACGGCCAAGUUUACGGCAAACAGGUACAGACAUCGCCUCUCUAA